UAGAUGUCAAGCAUGUCUAUAGGCACGCGCCUCAGAUGGCUCGUCCCUUUCUUGUCCUGCCCCGGCCAAUCAGAUUGCAAGCGCGUGCCGGCUUCCGACUACAAAUAGGAGACGCGUGUCACCGAAAAAUUCAUUCCAAACUGCGCGAGCGUGCUAGUAGGAUACAUCGUACAACUUCUAACAAAAACAAAAAACCCAACUCAAGAUGGUUAAUGAAAGCAAAUCUCUGGAUGAGGCUCUGCAGUCCGCAGAGGCUGAGGGUCGCGUCACCGUCGGUGUCUACGAGUGCGCAAAAAUCAUGAAUGAUGAUCCGGACAGCGUGUCCUUCUGCGUCCUGGCCAUGGAUGAAGAGUUCGAGUGCGACAUCGCGCUCCAAAUCCACUUCACUCUCAUCCAGGCUUUCUGCUUCGAUAACGACAUCAGCAUCGUGAGAGUGAACGACGUGCAACGUCUGGGUGAAAUUGUCGGCGCUAAAGAUCAAACUGAGGACUGUCACUGCCUUCUUAUCACGAGUCCAGCUGAUGGUUCGUGGGAAGACCCAGCUCUGGAGAAGCUGCACAUGUUCUGCGAAGAAAGCCGCCGCUCCAACGACUGGCUUCCGGAGAUCACUCUGCCAGCUCGCUGAUCUGCUGAUGGGACUCUUCUCACACGAGAUGCUGUUAACCCUUCAUGGAAAUACAUGCAUCCUUUGAAUAAAGGAUGAUGAUGAUGAUGUAUCUUCACAUCCCUGGAUGCUUCUGAGGAGGCUCUAAUGCAGUCCAGGCAGCGCGGGGCAUGCAGGCCCGAAGUGGGCUUUCGCCUCACGGUUCUGUCGCUUCUCGUCCCGUCCAUGCCAAGAUGGUCCUCCUUCUUUAUGUGAACGAGGCCGGGCAUGCCACGAGAGCGACGCAGCGGCCCUCAUUCUUUGUGCGGAUGAGGUUUGGAGAGGAAGGAGAAAGCGAGUUUGUGUUCCACAGCGCAAAUUUCGCAUCAUGCGUUAGACACGCAGAGGACGCGGUGGUGCGUCGUAGCGACGUUUUUGAGAAGAAAUGGACUUAACAUCUGACAUGUUCUUUUUUUUUUAAAAAAAAAAAAACGUAAUUGCCGCACAGUAUGACGUACCUUAUUGUCGGCAAUAUGCUUCUUUCCACUUUCCAGAGUUGUCUUAUUCUCUAAAGGUUUAACUUUAGAAAUGGUUAGUAUGACAAGAAGAAAUGACAUCUAAAGGUUUCACUUUAGAAAAAAAAAAAAAACACCAAAAAAAAUGAUAAAACAAUAGCAAAACGAGUUACAGAAAAAUGACCUUUCUGUAAAACUUUCACUAAAUUGUGAUUAAAAAAAA